GUCCUGGCGCGGGCGUUUUUGUUUCCCCGACCUUUGGGUUUGGAUUUUGUUUUCUUUCGCAGCGACGCUCAGAAGCAGCCUCGGAAUCUCGGCUCCGGCUGGGCUGGAAGGCGCGGUUGGCCGGCGUCGCCCGUGUCGCGUUCGAGCCUGGCCGCGCCUCAGCGACCAGGUGACCCAGUGAAUGAAGAACAUGAAAGGUAUUAAGAGAAGUCUUGCAGAAGAAUACUUAUACCUGGACUUUUCUCACCAAGUAGAAGGAUGCAUCUUCCCUCUUCAUACAUCUGUAACUUUAUUUUUGUUGUCAUACUGUGACUGCAAAAUCCUAAAAGUUUAUUUAGUCCUCAGCAAGGAAAGUUCUGAUAGUUCACUUCUAAAAAAUGUACCAUCCCAGGAUCUUGAAAUGCAGGUUAUUUCUAGGCAAGAGCUUCCACCCAUAGUCCAGACUUGCUGUUUGCCUGCGGUGGUAGAACAGCCCAACAACUUUUGUAGAGCUGGACUUGCUGUUGUACUAAGACACAUAAUCCAGAAAUCCUAUGAAGCUGACCCAUCAAAGAAGGAUAUUUUGGAACUUCUGGGUUUUAAAAAGACUUGCUUGAAAGCCUGUGCUGAAGUUAGUCAGUGGACCAGGCUGUGUGAACUCACCAUCCCUUUGGCUAUUGAGAAUUUUCUUAGAGAGUCUGUUGAACAGCCCCCAGCUAUCCCUGCAGAAAUAAUACAGCUAGAGAAAAAACUUAGUGAGCCUGUUAGAGUACACAAUGAUGACAAACUACGCAGGCAGAAGCUGAAGCAACAGAAGGUUGCUGAAAAGAAAAAAACAGCAAAGACCAAGGUCCAUAUCCAGGAAACAUCCAAGGACUUGGAUUCUCCAUGUAAGAGUUUGGAAAUGAAAGUGGCAUUCUCAAAGCUUGCAAUGCAGGAAGAACCAGCUCCUCCCAACAGGGAGCCUUCUCACAUCAGGAAAGCAAAGGCCUCUGACCUUCCUCCUCUGGAGCAUGUGUUUGCUGAAGGGCUUUACUUUACCUUGGCAGACAUUGUGCUUUUGCCCUGUAUCCAUCAUUUUCUGGUAAUUAUCUGCAAGAAAUUUUCUGAGAAACUGAUAGAAUUUCCACUGCUAGCUUCUUGGUACCAGAGGAUUCAGGAAGUGCCAAAAGUAAAACCAGCAGCUUCCAUGUGUGGGAUCCAAUUUCUGUGUUUGCCAAAGUUGUUAAAUACUUCAAAUGAGCAGCCUCAGAUCUUAAGUGAAGUCCCAGGUUCAGAAGAGCAAAAUGACCCAUCAUUUACAGGAGGACCAAGACCAACUCUGACUAAGUUAAUGGAAAAUGGCAUUGAAGUGAUGCUUGCUCCUCACCCUUCCCCUAUGUGGUCCCUUGAUUGGAACGGUCUUCCUGCAGCCGUGAGCCCAAAGGAAGGCAAAAUGUCUAGUGAUCGAGCUUUGAGGAAACAGCAACAAUUAAACAACCUUGUUUAUGUGGUGAUGAAUCAAGCUAAACCUGGUGACAGAAUUGUGGAUUUCUGCAGUGGUGGGGGCCACGUUGGAAUAGUUCUUGCUCAUAUGCUGCCGUCAUGCCAGGUUACAUUAAUAGAAAACAAGGAAUUGUCAUUAAUUCGUGCUAAGAAGAGAAGUGACGAACUAGGUUUAAGCAACAUUUGGUUCAUUCAAGCAAAUAUGGAGUAUUUUACAGGAAUGUUUAAUAUUGGGGUAGCAUUGCAUGCCUGUGGUGUGGCAACAGACAUGGUGAUUGAGCACUGCAUCAAAACACGGGCUUCCUUCGUCACGUGCCCUUGCUGUUACGGCUUUAUUCAGAACACUUCCAAGUUUAAGUUUCCCAAAAGUGAACAAUUUAAGAAAACUUUAUCAUACAAGGAACACAUGAUUCUAUGCAGAUUUGCUGAUCAGACAGCUGUCCAGCUUCCACCCCAACGAAGGCUCGUUGGAAAACAGUGCAUGUGCCUGGUGGAUCUGGACCGAGCAAGAGCUGCAGAAGAACAUGGCUACUCUGUUCAAGUGAUAUCCAUGGAACCAGAGAGCUGCUCUCCCAAAAAUAACAUGAUUGUGGGAGUCCCUAUUUAGAAUGCGAUGUUUAUUUUUGAUGUUUGCCAUUAGCUUUGUGAGGAAAGUCUAGGAGAAUCCUGGUGGUGCUUGGUAUAUCUAGAAAACAGCAUUAGCCAUCCUAAGCCUAUUUUACUCAUUGGGAAAGCAAUAGGAACAUCUUGGAAGAAAGGCUGCCCACAAAGCAUCUUAAAUGCUCUUAGAAUGGUUUUCACGGUUAAAAUCCUCUGAAGUUUCAGCUGCCAAAAGAAUAAUGCCAGUGAAGGUUCUAUCACUGGAAUAACAAGUUGCUUCUCAGUUCACAGGCUUUUCUGAUCUUGCCAGUGAGAUAUUCAAUUCAAAACAAUGUAUUUGCUGCCUUUAUUAUCCUUUAGUAUUCACACCUGGAGAUUGAAACUAAACUCAGUGGAGGGUUGUUUUGUAUUUUUUACCUUUGUACUUUUCUAUAUAUUUUUUAAAAAUCUAGAAAUAUAAUUAUACUAUAUUUUAUUUUUAGGCUGGUGUUACCAUUUAGUAUACUUCUUUUUAAUAUAUUUUCCAUAACCUGUCAAAUGAGAUCAUCACUAGUUGAAACAUUUUUCUGUGAAGAGAUUCAAAAUAGUUUCAGAUAAGACCAUGGGUUUGGGACAUAACACUAAAUAGUAAACACAAUUAUUACUUAAUUCAACUAUAUAACUAAUAAUUUGGAAUCUAAAAUGUUCAAGACCCAGAUUUUUCUGAAAAUACAAAGACAAAUUGCAAGAGACAGUGCUUUGCUUACAGAAAAUAAUCAUCUAUGAAAGACUGAUGAAUUACUUAAGUGCAUUAUGUCAUAAUGUAUGGUCUUAUUUGUAUUUUUUUUAAAUCUCACUGAGCAUAAAUUGUGAAUGUGAGUAAUGCAGACCAGGGAAGCUUAUUUGAACAGUUCUCUCUGCCUAAGUUCUUUUAUCUACCAGUCAACAUCUUUAGAUGCAGUUAACACAUCCUUUUGCAUGUGCUGCUGUUGAUUUAACUUUGCAUAUCCUAGUUUAUUCCACUAAAUUCAUUUCACUACUCUUGUUGUGGUUUAAAAUAAAGGAAUAAUUUCAUAUAGGCCAGUAUUCAUGGGGAGGGAGAAAUGUUUUGUAAUUUUAUGUUCUGGGAUAAAAUUUAAGAAAACAAAAUUUAGACAUCAACCCUAUUUUAGUCAUUAGUGUCCAUACAUACAUGUUCUUUCAUCUUGGACUUUCCUUUUUAAGUGGAAAUAUAAUUUAUAUAUAACAUGUUUUUGAGUGUUCUAUUUGAAAAGUUUUGAUAACUGUAUAUACCUACACAAACCCAUUCAAAUAUCUGAUGAAUAUUUUCAUCUAUCAACAUCUGGUAUUUUCCUCAGAUAUUAUCAGAUAUAUUAAUAUUUUUCCAAGGUUUACUUGACACAAUUUCUAAUGAAUGUUUUAAUUUUAAUGAAACUUAAUAUACCUCUUUUUUAUGGUUGAUAAUGUCUGUGUUCUUUCUAAUAAAUCUUUACUUGCCUGUGUUA